CCCUACUAUUAAGCAAACAUGUGUAAAUACCCAAACAUGUGUAACUGCUACAUUCGGCGACAAAGUCGGCCCAUAUAACUUCUAAACUCGGGCCCUCACUAUCAUAAAACUCCAAAACUCAAGCAGCCCGGCCCUCUACUUGAGCCCCAUUGCAUCAGAAGCCCAAAAUCACAAGGAUGGCGAACUCCAACCCUCUCCGCCAGCUCCUCCUCCGUUGGCCGACGUACGCCGCUGAGCUUUGCGGUACGAGAGUCUGUAACUCAGGCAUUAACGAUUGGCGGUCUCGCUAUUCCACUGCCAUACCCGAAGCCUUUGCGCAAGAGGAAAAUCCCGGCGAGAAGAAUGAUUCAAAAUGGUUCACUUUGCCACCGUACACUGACACAGUAAACGGCACCGCUUUAGGUCAGGAGCUCGCCGGCAGAUGGCGGGAAUCCAGAAAGUAUGCCAUUAACGCCUCUGAAACUCCAAAAUCCGCCACCGCCGUUGCUUCAACGACGGCUCUGAAAUGGAUUCUCCAGUGCUGCCCCGACCUUCCGAGAAGCCUUGUUCAGAAGCUUUUUCGACUCAGACAGGUUCGAAGAGAAUCGUCAAACAUAGAAGAUUCUGACUCCAGUGCUCAUUUACAAAAACCUCGACUGAAAAGGGUGACAGCUAAAGACUCCAUGAACUUGGGAGACCGAAUAUUUCUUCCAAUUACUGUAAAAGAGCUCCCCGUUGAGAAAAAAGAGUUGCAUUGCAAUGGAGAAGAAGUCAACUUUAUUCGUAGUCUUGAGUUAUAUAAGGAUCCAGCCAUUAUUGUUGUCAAUAAACCUCCUGGAAUGCCUGUUCAGGGUGGUAUUGGAAUCAAAACAAGUUUAGAUGAACUGGCUAUUACUUGCUUGAGUUAUGACUACUCAGAACCCCCUCGGCUGGUACACAGACUUGACAGAGAUUCUAGUGGGGUUUUGGUCAUGGGACGGACCCAAACAAGUGCGACAGUUUUGCACUCGAUAUUCCGUGAGAAGACAUUUGGAGCAUCUGGAGAUGAAGCUCUUAAUGAAAAAAGAGUUCUGGAAAGAAGAUAUUGGGCACUCGUCAUUGGAUCUCCGAGACAUCCCAAGGGUUUAGUUUCAGCUCCCUUAGGAAAGGUGGUGGUGGACAAUGGAAAAUCUGAGCGAAUUACAGUUGUGAACAAUUCACAAAGUUUGUCAUCUCAGCAUGCAGUUACGAAGUAUAAAGUGAUAGGAUCAUCAUCUCAUGGUUACACGUGGUUAGAGCUCUCUCCUCUUACAGGUAGAAAGCACCAGCUCCGUGUCCAUUGUGCUGAGGUUUUGGGGACACCAAUUGUUGGAGACUACAAAUAUGGGUGGCAGGCUCAUAGAAACUUUAAACCUUUAAGUUUGCCUAAUGUUGAGAGCCAACAUGAGGAGUUGCCAAAGAGGAAAAACCUCCCGUUUGGCCUUAACAUGCAAAAUGGAAGUAUUUCAGAGAAACAUCCUCGACUACAUCUUCAUUGUAAACAAUUGGUUUUGCCAAACAUAACUCAGGUUUUGCAAAAUCUGCAACAGUAUUCAAACUAUGAUCUUUCACAACUAGAAAGCCUCAAGUUGGAUGCUCCUAUGCCUUCCUACAUGGAAAGAAGUUGGGAUAUCACAAAUUUCUAAGCUUUAGUACAUUGGGACAUCACAAGCUGGAUGCCCCUCGGAUUAGCAAAAUGGUUCUGGUAAGACUCCCUAUACUUAUUCUGCAAAUGUAUGUUUGCAAGGCAGAUUCUUCUUUUGGAGUCGAGUAAUCCUUGGCUGUUAUCACAUGACGUUUGUGAAUAUAUUGAGUCGAACCAAGGUGCUACCUCAUUAAAUCCGACGGGAAGAGAGAAAGACAGUUGCUUCAGCUAUUUUCUGCCUGUGGCAACCAUAAUACAUGUUAGGCAUAUUUUCAGUUGCUAAUUUCAAGGUCUCUUGACAAAAUGGCCCUCAAAUUGUAUCUUAUUUUAUUUAUGCUCCCAAUUCAAUUUAGAGAAAUUAUAGGAAAUGACCAAAAUAAAGGCAUCAAGAAGCUAAUAUCCUCAUUUUUUAAAUUGUAGAAAAAUGACCAUUUUACAUUGUUGAUUAUCUAAAUUGUCCUUUUUU